UCGAGGCGGGCCCCAGCUUCGUCCAGCAUCCACAUCUCUCUGCACCAUGGCCCUCAUCGCACUCGUCGACACCAAGGACCCCAAGCUUGCCGACCUGGGCAACGGCGCCUUCCUCGGCGACGUUGCUGCCUCCAACGACAAUGCACUCUCGGCCGGCUUCUACGUCCAGCACAAGUCGGAGAAGCCCUUGGUCUACACGUACACCUACGACGAGCUCAAGAUCGUCCUCGAGGGCGAGCUACACGUCAGCGAGCCCAGCAGCGGCACCACGAUCGUCGCCAAGGCCGGCGACGUCCUCAACAUCUCAAACGGCGCCACGCUCGAGUUCAACUCGCCCAGCACGGCCAGGAUCUUUUACGGCGCAAAGCGAGCGAGGCUCGAGUGAGCAGUUGCGAUGGCGCCGACGAAGCGAGGAUCGAGCGAGCAGACGUAGACGCAGAUGAAGCAGUCUCGAAUGAGCAAGACGUAUGAGUAAUUAGAGCAGCUCUAGUGAUGGUAAAGAACAGCUCUUGUAGAACAGCUUCAGAGGCGGUACAAGAACAGCUGUAGUGACAAG